ACCGGGUCCGGUUAGGCUGGAUCGGGUUAGUUAGUAGUCAUAAGACUCAUAACUCAUAACUACUUGCUAGUUUACUACACCAUCUACUACAGAUUCGACUUUAGAUCUGACUGAGAGGAAGAAGAAAGAAGAAGAGCCAUGACGAUGAUCAGAUCCAUCUCGAUGCUAACGUUGCUCGUCACACUAGCUGCAUCCAUUUCCAUGGUCUCCUCCUCUUCAUCCGCAGACUUUGUUAAGAAGACUAUCUCUUCCCACAAAAUCGUCAUCUUCUCCAAAUCCUACUGCCCGUAUUGCAGGAGAGCGAAGUCUGUGUUCAGUGAGCUGAAUCAGGUUCCUCAUGUUGUCGAGCUUGACGAAAGAGAGGAUGGGGGGAGUAUCCAGAGUGCACUUGGAGAGAUUGUUGGAAGGCGAACAGUACCGCAGGUUUUCAUUAACGGAAAGCACAUUGGAGGUUCAGAUGAUACCGUAGACGCGCAUGAGAGCGGUGAACUGGCCAAGCUUCUUGGUGUUUCGGAAAACACAAGAGCUGAACUCUAGGCUGAUAUUUAGUUGGAAUAAAAAAACUGUCUGUGAUGUUCAGGUGUAAUCAGUUAUCAGUAGUUUGAAAAUUUGUAAUGGGUUAUGAAGAUUUUAAACGGCUUAACAUGGCCUUGUGAAACAUAUAUUAUCAAAUACUACAAGUUGAGUUAAACAAAGUUAUAUUUGAG